GCGCCGCGCUCAUCGCUCGUUCGCUCGGCUACGGCUCGGCGCGCGUCGUGUGGACCAGAAGCGAAGCGAAAUCCUCCUCCUCGCGGCAGUCACAGGCGCACGGAGUCCGCAAGCUUGGUCGCCUCGCUUCCUUCCAUCCGGCAUCCUCGUCGACCUGACGUCCCCAUGGCCACGGCCGUGCCCGCCGCCUCCCUCCCGCUUCCUCGGCGGGCCUCCUCCCCCGCCGCCGCACGCCGUCCCGGGACCCCAUCGCUCCGCAAGCGGCAUUGCGCCGCCAGGCCUGUCGCCGCCGCCUGCAGCCCUCCGCGGCAGCACAACAACGAGGAGGAGGGCUCCGGGCGGCGGCAGGUGCUUGUGGCAGGGGCCGCCGCGGGUGCCGCGUUUCUGUCUCGUCCUAAUCCGGCAGCAUUCGCAGCAGAGGCUAAGAAAGGGUUCACGCCUGUCACCGACAAGAAGGUCGGCUACUCCUUCCUCUACCCGUUCGGAUGGCAGGAAGUGGCCGUGCAAGGGCAAGAUAAGGUGUACAAAGAUGUGAUAGAGCCUCUGGAGAGUGUGAGCAUCAACACUAUUUCCACCAGCAAGCAGGAUAUCCGUGAGCUGGGUCCUCCGGAUAAGGUUGCCGAGGCUUUGAUAAAAAAAGUUUUAGCUCCGCCAUCUCAAAAGACAAAGCUAAUUGAGGCAAAAGAGAAUGAGGUUGACGGGAGAGCUUACUACACUUUUGAGUUCACAGCUCAGGCUCCAAAUUUCACCAGACAUGCACUUGGUGCAAUCGCCAUUGCAAAUGGCAAAUUUUACACAUUGACUACUGGAGCAAACGAGAGGAGAUGGGACAAAAUGAAGGAUAGGCUGCAUACAGUUGUUGAUUCCUUCAGAAUUGAAAAUAGAAUAUGAGGGGGUGUCUGAGGUUCUUUCUGCUGAUUUUCUUUGUUGAUUUGUUUGGAGCUGCAAAGAGGUUUAAUAGUAAAUGUCGGGAAUAUGAUAUACUGAUUUGUUUUCUUUUGAAACGUUUUAUUGUACUUGCAUGUUUAUCUCUUUACCGUCGGAACUGUGAUCCUUGGAGUAAGGAGAUACAGACCUGUGUUGUGUAAAUGUGUCGCCGAAUAAGCAAUAGAAAGGCUUCGCCUGUGGGAGAUUCAUAUC